GUAUUCCUAUGAUCUAUUAUAUUAUUUGUUUACAGGGUUAUGUCACCAUUUUUUCUUCUUUAAUUGUAAAAUAUUUCAAUAUCGGAAGUGACCGGUUGUCGAUGUAUAUACUAUAGGGGGUGAGCAGUAAACUUCCUUUUCGUCAGUGGUCGCCAUCGUUGGAAGACCGUGGUCUCCCGAGAAAAUGGCCUGCGCCCGACCCCUGAUAUCGAUUUACUCCGAGAAAGGAGAGGCCUCAGGCAAAAAUGUGGUUAUGCCUGCUGUAUUCAAGGCGCCCAUCCGCCCGGACAUUGUGAACUUUGUUCACACCAACAUGCGCAAGAACAGCCGUCAGCCCUAUGCUGUCAGCGAAUUGGCCGGUCACCAGACCAGCGCAGAGUCCUGGGGCACGGGCAGAGCUGUGGCGCGUAUCCCCCGCGUGCGCGGUGGCGGCACUCACCGCUCCGGCCAGGGAGCCUUCGGAAAUAUGUGCCGCGGAGGACGAAUGUUUGCCCCCACUAAGACCUGGCGUCGCUGGCACCGCAGAAUCAACACCACCCAGAAACGCUACGCCAUCUGCUCUGCCCUCGCUGCCUCUGCUCUGCCUGCGCUCGUCAUGUCUAAAGGGCACCGCAUUGAGGAGAUCCCAGAGGUCCCCCUGGUGGUGGACAACAAGGUUGAGGGAUACAAGAAGACAAAGGAGGCAGUGUUGCUGCUGAAGAAACUGAAAGCCUGGAAUGACAUCAAGAAAGUGUAUGCUUCCCAGCGGAUGCGUGCUGGUAAGGGUAAGAUGAGGAACCGCAGACGUAUUCAACGCAAGGGGCCCUGCAUCAUCUACAAUGAAGACGGUGGCGUUACAAAGGCCUUCAGAAACAUUCCCGGCAUCACCCUUCAGAACGUGAACAAACUGAACCUUCUCCGCCUCGCCCCUGGUGGCCAUGUCGGCCGCUUCUGUAUUUGGACAGAGGGUGCCUUCAGCAAGCUGGACGAACUGUAUGGCACUUGGCGCAAGGCCGCCUCCCUCAAAGUGGAUUACAACCUUCCAAUGCACAAGAUGACAAACACAGACCUAAGCAGAAUUCUCAAGAGCCCAGAAAUACAGAAAGCUCUUCGCGCUCCGAACAAGAAGAUCAGCCGUAGAGUGCUAAAGAAGAAUCCUCUAAAUAACCUCAGGGUGAUGAUGAAGCUCAACCCCUACGCAAAGACAGCACGGCGAAACGCCAUCUUGCUGCAUGACAAAACUAUUCAAGACAAGAUGCUGAAAUCUAAGAAGAAGAAGAAGAAGCCAUCGAAGCCCGUGCCGGUGCCUCCUCCUGAGCCCAAGCCCAAGAAAGCAAAGAAGGCCAAGAAGCCGAAGGCUGUGAAACGCCCGGCCCCAGCAGAACCUGCUGUAGAAGAGGGUGUUGCAGAGGAGGUGGCCAUGGAAGAGGUGCCAGCGGCUAAGAUGCCCUUACUGGAGAUGCCUGUGGCUGAGGAGCCUGAAGUGGAAGCACCCGUCGUGGAAAUGCCUGAGGAGGAGAAACCUGCUGAGGAGAUCCCUGCUGAGGAGGAGCCAGAGGAUGAAAUGCCUGUAAUGGAGACACCUGCAGAUGAGGAUCUGCUGGCCGAGGCGGCAGAGGCUGAAGAUUUGGCUGUGAGCCCAGUACCCGAAGCACUUGCUGCUGAGGUUCCUGAGGCCGAGGUAACCCCGGUUGAGGCAGUAGAGGCUGAGAUUCCUGAGGCUGAAGUAACCCAGGUUGAGGCAUCAGAAGCCGAGAUUGCUGAGGCUGAAGUAACCCAGGUUGAGGCACCAGAAGCCGAGAUUCCUGAGGCAGAGGUAGUCGAGGCAGUAGAAGCUGAGAUUCCUGAGGUAACCCAGGUCGAGGCUGUAGAAGCUGAGAUUCCUGAGGCCGAGGUAACCGAGGUUGAGGCACUGGAAGCUGAGGUGACUCCGGUUGAGGCACUGGAAGCUGAGAUUCCCGAAGCUGAGGUGACUCCGGUUGAGGCACUAGAGGCUGAGAUUCCCGAGGCUGAGGUGACUCCGGUUGAGGCACUAGAGGCUGAGAUUCCCGAGGCUGAGGUGACUCCGGUUGAGGCACUAGAGGCUGAGAUUCCUGAGGCAGAGGUGACUCAGGUUGAGGCACUAGCAGCUGAGAUUCCCGAGGCCGAGGUGACCCAGGUCGAGGCACCUGAAGCAGAGAUCCUUGCAGCCGAAAUCCCAGCAGCUGAGAUUGUUGCAGCGGAGGCACCUAAGGAUGAGAUGGCUGUAGAAGAAGAAGCAGAGGAACUCGCACCUGAGGUGCCUGAAGCUGAGGCCGUGGCAACUGAAGUUCUUGUAACUGAGGCAGUCGAGACUGGGAUACCACCAAUGGAGACGCCAGUAACUGAGGCAGUAGAAGCCGAGGUGCAGGAAACUGAGGCAGAGGCACCAGCCAUGGAAAUUCCUGUGGCUGAGGCAAUCGAACCAGAGAUGCCAGCUAUGGAGGUUCCUGUGACUGAAGCCAUCGGACCAGAGGCACCUGUAGCAGAGGCGCUGGAGGCAGAACAACCACCUGUGGAGAUGCCUGUAACUGAGGCAGCGAUAGAAGAGGCACCAGAGGCAGAGACCGCAGCUGCCGAGGCCCCAGCUCUUGAGGAGUUUGAGGAUGUCACCUACAUUGCUAAGAUGCUCCCAGUUGAAACGGUUGAAAUGGAGGCAGCGGAGGUUCUGGAAGCGGAGACCCCUGCAACCAAGGUUUUGGUAGCGGAGACACCGGUAGCAGUGGAGGAGCCUGCAGAAGAAAUUCCAGCAGCGGAGACGCCUUCAGCCGAGGUGCUGACCACAGAGGUGGCAGAGGUGGAGAUGCUGGAGGCUGAAAUGCCUGCGGUGCAAGUGCCUCAGGAUGAUGACGAGAAGAUGGAAGUGGAGGCGCCCGAGGCUGAGAUGCCCAAGUAAAAACCUCUUUUCAUAGUUUUUUCCAAAAUGGAAUUAAAAUAAAAUCCAGUUUAAAAGAA